UUGGAUACUUUAUCCUUGUCAACACACAGUGAAUAUUCUUCUUCAUCCAAGGUAAAACCUGGCUGUUUUAUUUCCAACUCAAUGGGAUUUGAACCUUGUUGUAUUUGCUGGUGAGAAAAGUUUAGCUCUUAAUUUAUUUCCAGCUGUCACACAGGUUCACAGGGAUGCAGUAGAAAGUAGUAUUUACUCUGAGUAUAAGAUUUGGGGGGUGGGGGAGUGGUAGCUCAAGUGGUAAAGACUCUGGGUCAUUGACUGGAAGAUCAAGCCUCACUAUUUAUAGGCAUGAAUACAGUGCUAGUAUCAUUCACAGAUGUCAUAGUGAGUGUUAGCAAGGAUUAAAAAAGCAACAAAUAACUACAUCUUCAUGCCUAAACCGGAGCUAAAACUGUGAUGGAAACUGUGUGAAUUUUAAUACACCUCAAUUACAUCGAGCAAUAAUUAUAAUAAUAAUAAUAAUUAGACUGUUGUUAAGCUGUCAUAUAAAACGUCUGUGCUAUUAUAUUUAGCCAUUUCAGCUCUGGACUACAGAGCUUGUUCCCCAGCUUUGAACAGAUUGACUGGCCAGUGGCCUACAGACUGACUGUCCAGUGACUGCAUUUCAGUGUGUCAUGGCUGCAACACAGUGUUGGAAGUGAAAUGCAGUGCUACAGGGAAUUACAUGCACUUUCUCAAACAAUUUGUGUUUUAGAAACUCAGGGACUCAUGGACAGUGUGAACUUCCUCUUUAUUUACAUCACAUGGCUCAUCACUUCUGUUGAUUCUCAGGUCAUAUCUGCCCGAGUGGGUUCCACAGUUGUCCUGCCCUGUGACCUGAGCGGACUGCCCAAGCCCUCAAUGUAUAUCCAGUGGCGCACUGAUUUUGAUGUUGUGUUUGAAAGAUCUAGAAGGGAAUCGUACCAGGGUGAAAGAUAUAAAGGCCGUGUGAACGUUCCUGAGGAGCAUCUGUUUAAAGGGAACUGCUCUCUGGUGCUGAGGAACGUGGAGUUUAACGAUGCUGGAGUUUACUACACCUAUCUGUUCAUGAAACGCAGCAAGAGAUCCAUCGCUCGUUUCAUCCAGAGAGUCAAACUCAAGGUUUACGACGCUGGACCAACCCUCUCUCUGCCAUUCCUGGUCUUUUCCCUUAUUGUAUGUUUACUGUAUUUUGUCCUCUACAUUGUAAAGAACAAAAUAAUACAAAUUAAAAUAUCAAAGCAUUAUGUAUUGUGAGUUUUUGCAACUGCAAGUAAUUAGUCUGGUUUGAUAAACUUUACUUGUUCAAUUAAUAUUUAAUUCUUUCUUCCAGCAAAUCUGGUUAAAAUAUAAACACGGCUAAAUGACUUGAGCUGUUUGUGAUGAACAGCUGAACCUUUAUUUAGUCAGGUUGAUUGGGAGAAUUCAGUCUGUAUAUGACAAAAAAAGUCAUGAUAAACCUUCACAAAGUGUUUUAUUCAUUAAGAAGCUGAACAGAUGAUUUAAUUGUAUUUGUUUUUAAUAAUGAUCAAUUUUUGUAAAUAUUGCUUUUUUGUGUACAUUU